UUUCUCGUGUGCCUGGCGGAGGGGAUGUAAACAGCUAGCAUGCCGACUAGCAGCCAGCAUCGGCGCAGAUUUCAGACCCACACCCGAUGCCGGUAAGCUCAUCUUAGUUAACCGACUGUUGAUUCUGAUGUGAAGGAGGAGGUCAACAUCGUUUCUCGGAGCGAAGUUGUGUCUUUGUGGAACAUUAGCUAACUUGGCUAAGUUAGCUAGGAGCGCUAGCGUCAGGUCUGACAGGAAGUCUGUUGAUGCUCUGCUGACAGAAGUAGAGGAAGAGAAAAUCCUCCAUACCUAUCGUUCCUGCUGACAGACAGCAAAGACUUUCUCUGACAGGAAGUCUUCUAACCAUCCCACAAACUAAUUCCCGUUGGCAGGAAAGAAGAAGAAAGAGAAGAAGAAGAGUUUCUGCCUUUAGUUUAAUCUUAAUAUAUUUUUAAUUUAUGACGACAGAUUUCACUUCUGCCAGAAACUGUUUGUCAUUGUCAGUAUCAGAUAGAUUGGUGUGUUUGUUCUGUGACACCCUCAGCAGGCGGGAGAACAUACUAGAGGUUCCCCUGGCGGCCAUGUUGGGGCCUCAUCUGCUGUCUGCCUCCUUAGCCGCCGCGCCUCCAUCUUAAAUCAACAGCUCAGAGCAGACCUGAAACAUUUUUUUUCAACAUAAGGGCUUCUUGAUUUAUUUUUUCUACACGUGUUUUUGUGCUCAGAAGGAGUUGGUGUUUGUUCUCGUCAGGUCUCGUUUCGUCAGAAUCCACUAUCAGCCAAUCAUGGCGGAGUCCAGCUUGGUGCCGGCUGCAGCAGCAGAUCUAGUGAUUGAACAAAACAAAGAUGAAGUGUCUCUUCCCGCAGAGAGCGUCUCCAAAGAACUGAUUGUAACCAUGACGACAGAUGUAUCAGAUGUCAGAGCCGAGGCACUGAGCAGCAAUGGUGUCACUGACAGUCCUCUUCCUGCCACAGCCCUCAAAGAAGAAGAGGAGGAGGAGGCCACACCCACACCACCGGAUUCAUCGUCAUUGUCGUCUGAAGAUGGGACAAUAACUGCCAUUACCACCGAAGAAGAAUCUCUGUCGGCUCUACUCAGACACAUCAAGAGUGAAGGAGGUCAGGACAGAGGAGAGCCAGGUGAGAGGUCAGGUCUGGAUCUGGACCUCGAGGAGAGCUCCUCUGUGGCGACAGCGGGUGGCUCAGAUGACCAGCGGGAGUCCACAGACUCUGCCUCCUUCUCCAUCCCCAGCCUGGAGCUGUCAGAUGGGGUCACGGCCACAGCAAACUCACUGGAUGUGGAGGAUGGCCUGUCCUCUUCCUACUCCGCUCUGGGGGUGGAGGGCUGCUCUCCGUCCACCGAGGUCCCCAGUCUGAAGGAAGAGGAGAUGCUGGAGGCUGCUGGGGGUGCUGUAGCUGCUGCUGCUCCUCUUGCUGCUGCUCCAGAGGCGGGGCCAUCCAUGCCAGCAUAUUACCUGGUGAAGUGGAUCACCUGGAAAGAGAAGAAGACUCCUAUCAUCACUCAGAGUGAGAACGGACCCUGCCCCUUGCUGGCUAUCAUGAACACUUUGUUCCUCCGCUGGAAGGCUAAACUUCCCGCUCAGACAGAAGUUGUCACCACUGAGGACCUGAUGGCUCACCUGGGAGAGUGUGUGUUGUCUGUUACACCGAGAGAGAAGGCUGAUGGGAUGGAGCUCAACUUCCAACAGAACAUGAGUGAUGCCAUGGCGGUGCUCCCUAAGCUGUCCACAGGUCUGGACGUUAAUGUGCGUUUUACCGGGGUGACAGACUUUGAGUACACACCUGAGUGUAUCGUGUUCGACCUGCUGGACAUCCCGCUGUACCAUGGCUGGUUGGUUGACCCACAGAGUCCAGAGAUGGUUGCUUCUGUGGGGAAACUGAGCUAUAACCAGCUGGUGGAGAAAAUCAUCGACUACAAACACUCAGCUGACAGCAGCCGAGUCAGUGAAGGUCUGGUUGCAGAGCAGUUUUUGGAGUCGACGGCGACUCAGCUGUCGUAUCAUGGUUUGUGUGAACUCAACACAACGGCCAAGGAGGGAGAAAUCUCUGUGUUCUUCAGAAAUAACCACUUCAGUACUAUGAUCAAACACAAGGGUCACCUGUACCUGUUGGUGACAGAUCAGGGAUUCCUGCAGGAAGAGGGUUUGGUCUGGGAGUCUCUUCAUAAUGUCGAGGGAGACGGAAACUUCUGCGACUCUGACUUCAGACUGUGUCAUCCUCCUCAACGAGCUCAACCCACCACCAACCUGCCACCCAGCGCCCAGGAGCAGCAGAGACAGAUUGACCAGGACUACCUGGUGGCGGUGUCACUGCAGCAGCAACAGGGCGGGGCCCCGGGGCCCCUCAGUGACCUGGAGUUGGCCCGACAGCUCCAACAGGAGGAAUACCAACAACAGCAGCAACUCCAGCAACAACAGCAACAGCAGCAACAGGGAUCACUGCAGGCCGCACAGCAGGUCAGAGGUCAGGGGUCACAACAGGGCGGAGCCAGGAGAAGAGAAAAGGACUCGGACUGUGUUGUCCUAUAGACUCUUCAUCAUUGUCAACUACCAACCACCAAACUCCCCAAGUCGGGUCUAUCUGCAGCGGGGAGGAGGUCCAAACACACAAACACACACACAUGCACGCACGCACACACACGCACACACACACGCACACACACACACACACACAGCUUGAUGCCAAACCCCAGUGCUUUGUUAAACGGUUUGUUUCAGAUGUGAUUCCAGGUUUCAGAAAGUUUGUGAAAAUGUUAAAAAUGACUGUUGAGUCUGGUUUAACACAGACAGACACUGCUGUCUGAUCAAGCAUUAAUAAGUUGUAAUCAACGGCUUUAGUAAUGGUCAAUAAAUUAUUUACUAUCGUUAAUUGAUCAGCUAUAAACCAUCAAAGAGAAUAUCUUUUGGAAUUGCCAGGUUGUAGGAAAUAGUCAAGUUUAGAGCUGAAAUGAUUAAGAAAAAUAAUCAGAAACCAUUUAGAGAAAUGAUAAAACCCCUUCAAUCAUUUUUACAAGCAUAUAUGUUUUAAAAAAAAUACCAUUUCACCUUAUAAAAUCUGAAGAUUCAAUGCUUUUCUUCGCCUUGUUAUUAUUAUUAAUAAUAAUAAUAUUAACAAUACUGAUAAUUUUUUGUUUACUGUAAAGUGAGUAUUUUUUUAGUUGGAUUGUAGGUCACACAAAACAAGCCAUUUUAUAUACGAACAGUUAAUUAAAUGAUCUGAAAAGUAAUCAUCAGAUUAUGUUAUCACUACUUGCAGCUGGAGUCUAGUCAUUAAUAAAAUGAUUAGAUAUCAGUUCUGCGGUUUUAAAGAUUGAUAAGUCAUUGAGAAAGUGCCACAGAUUUCUCACUUUCUUUUGCCAUUAGCAAAGUUAAGUCAUCUGCAGUUAAUAAAUCUUUAAUAAUAAAUGCUUUGUAUUAUAAUCCAUCGAGUGUGUAGUUUGAAAUAUUUUGAAAAUAAAUUUUAUAAAUGUCCUGCUGGAGGAUUAACUGCAGCCAAAACAGAUUAUUUAUGUCUUAUAACUGACAUAACUGAGCAUUAGGAAUAUUUACUGUCCAUUAAUAAAGCUGUUGGUUAUUAGAGAGCGGUAUCUUAAAAAUGAUGAAGGGAAACUGGUCGAAAUCUGUUGAUUUAAUCUGUAUUUCAAUAUAAAAAUCUCUUUUCUGAUGGGAUCAGUUUCACCAGAAGAGGUAGCGAUACCGGUUUAGGAGUGAGCUCCAUUUAAGUCAACAACAUUAAAAUGUCCAGCCUCGUCUGGUAAAACCGAUCCUGUCCAAUAAUACGCUUCAGUGUAAAUGACGCUAAACGUUAACCCAGGAGGUCAGUAGGAGUUAACACAGUUAAAAUCCAGAGGUGAUUCAGUACAAAAGUCCCAUAAGAUUUCCGCAGAUUUUUUGUGUUUUUAAUAAAUGCAGUAGGGGUGAGUUCGUGUACAAAAAUCUCUAAACGUUUAGAGUGGGUAAUUUUUAUCGUGUAAAUGUGUACACGGGUUUCACAACUGGGUGGUGCAAUAGCAUUAUACCAGUAAAGCCCCAGUUAUCCGAAAACCAACCGAACGGGCCAUUUAACCAACGCGACGUUUUAAUAGAACGGAGCACGUAGGCUACUGGCCUGUUGCCAAACCCGGUCUCACACCAUUUCUUGUCAUAUUCACAGUUGUUACCGGCCAGCCCUUCGCUUAAAGGCAGUGGCCGUGUGGGUGUGACGUAGUAGAUGUUGUGGGAAGUAAAGUGGUGUAUAGAGUGUACGGACGGCAAUGCACCGUGAAAAUAGUAGUGUUCAUGCUACGGGUGGUUGCAGUCUGUUUACAGUGUUUAGAUAGGCUCCAGUUACAGCAUAGUCUCUGGGAAAAGGUCCUGUGUUAUGUUAUGUUUUCCUGCUGUAGAGGAGAAAUAAAUGUGCUUCUGCACAAACAUCAGUUCUGCAUCCUCAUUCUUCAAGCAGAGUUGGUCUUGACUCCUGGAGCUAGUUACCAGCAACGAGCCAAGUUGUAAAGAUAAUCUACAGAAAACCAGUGUCUCCCAACUAUGGUUCGGAGCGCCAGACUGGAGAAGGUAACACAGUCUAUCACAGUUAGUCAACAAUUAGUAUCACUCCCCUCCCCCCUAAAAACAAAAACGUUUUUUGUGUACUAAUUUUUCAUAACCGUUUAUGAUCUCAAACGUGUACAUGGACUCACCCCUAAAAUGCAGAACAUAGGAUCUGACAGCCAGUUAAUGUUCUCAUUUUGUUCAAAGAUUAAAAUUAGAAAUGUUUAAUUCUCACCUGAAGUAUUCAAGCUGUUGAAUAUGUUUUAAAAAUGAUGUUGUCGCUGAUUGAUAAUUGGUAAUUACAAGACACAAAUGUUACAUUAUUUUGCAAGUCCUUAAUUUCCUAAUAAUUUCUUAUGACUUUCCUGUUAAUAAACUCUGUAGCAUCAACAAUGGGAAAGUUCUUGAAAGAAAUACUGAAUUUGAAACAGCCAGUUAUUGUAGUUUUACGCCACAUUAACUUUUUAUUCACAUUAUGGUAAUUACACGUCAUUCCAAAACAAACAAUUUAUUUUUUUGGGGGGGGGGGGGGGGCAGAUACUUCAAAUGCAUUAAUACUUAAUAACAAAAUAUAACAUCAUCCACUUAAGAAAUACUUCAGAGGAAAAAAUGAACAAAAUAAUGAUUUAAAUCGCCAAAUAUGUGAUCACAGAAAAAAAAGUGGAUGCGUUUACUGCCAACUUCCAGCGCUUGUCCCACACAGGUUUUAUACACGUGACAGAUGUGUUGAUCUCAUUCAUGUAAAAUGUCUUCUGUUCACUGCAGAGCUUAUUUUCUUCAUUUAUCAACAGUAUGGAAGCCCAAACCUGACAUGAAUAGAUAAAAUGACAAAAAUAAAAAUACUUACAAAUUAUUAUGUUCCAAGUCAAAGUUUGAGCUUUUUAUUCUGAAUUUAUGACUGAAAGCCUCAAAAUUAUUAUGACCAAAUCUAAAAUUAUGACUUAAGUCAGUUUCUGAUCAUUUAGAAAUUAGUCCAACAUGUUUUAUCUCAUAAUUCUGACUUUAGAUCUCAUAAUUUUGACCUAAUAUAUCAAAAGGUUGACUUUUAAUCUCACACUUAUGACCAAGUAUCCUGUCAAAUUCAUUAAUAUCUCAUAAUUUUGACCUAAUAACUCAAAUUGUAAUCUUUUUACUUUAGUGCCUCACAAUAAUAAUGACCUAGAAAGUCAUGUGAUUUAUGAUAAUGCUUUAAUUUUUGCCAUUCCUAAAAUCUAAUUACUGUAUUCUGGGUGUCACUGGGCUUCCGUACAUUUAUAAUCUGUUGUGGGGAAAAAACUUGAGAAUUAAUGUUCUGCAUCACUUCAUCACUCUGGUGUUGGGACUGAGAUAAGACAAACUAAAAGCACAUUUUGGAAUAAAAACCCUGUCGUAGCGCUGCUGAAGAGCAGAUGUUUAACAAACUGUUGAGACCUUGUUUGAAGGUUUUCCUCUUUGGACAGUUUUUUGGUUUCAAAGUGAAGGUAAGAGUCCUGAUUUAAAAUGACUUAUUUAAAGCCACAUUCAACAUUAACGUCUCAAACUGAGUUAAAAAAAAAUUGGUUUCUUUAAUCAGAUGAUGUUGUUGGGGAACAUUUAGCACUUGAAACGUUGCCGGUACUUCCUGUUGUCGUCCGGUGUUUUUAAACGUGUCUGACUGUCGGACUGCUGCCAUGCUCUAUUUAAGCUUUGUAUUUAAUUUGUCAUGAUGUCAAAUUACCAGUAAACGCAAAAUCAAACUCUG